GCCGCUGAAAGUCAAAAAUGAAAAAUUUAGAUGAUCAACAACCGAAAAAGACUGAUGUAAAGUCAACGAAGAGGUCAUGGGGUGGCAUAUUCGAAAUACGAGAACCUGGGGUUUCUCAAGCAAAAUCUACAUCGCUCUUUAGAGCAGUCAAUUUCGAAUUAUACAGCCGACCUAACAAAGUGACCAUGUCAGCAGGAGCCAUAAUGUUUAUAGGAUGUAUAGCUUAUAUAGCUUAUAUGAACAUUACUGAUGAUAAACAAAGAUCACAUUAUAAUACCAUUAAUUUAGAUGGUAGUGUAAGUUCUAGACCAAGGACUUCAAAAUGGGACUGAAAAUGUGAUUUUGUUCUUCUGAGUAAAGUGUGUGGUAGGAGGUUACAACUGUGGUUUAGUGGAAAAUAUAAUUAAAACCAAGUUUAUACCAAUAAAUAAUUAUCAGUAGAAUUGUUUUUUGGAUCACAUGACUACCAAAUGCCUUUAAUUUAGGUGAACUUUAAGUUCUGAAUGAUUAUGUAGCUAAUUAUCUGAUAAAUCCACAAAACAAAGUAAUGAUUGAAAUACACUUUUUUUGAAAGUCUUUUUCAAUAAUUACUUGCCAUUGUAUGGCAAAUUGGUCAGUUUUAUGGUUUAUCAGAUUAUAGAGAGAUUUUAUUGAGUUAUGGCACCAUCUAAGUCCACUGAGUGAUGACCAUUUUCAUUCUUAGUGAAAUCAAUUAAAGAUAUGAUUGUUGGUAAUAAAACAAGAAUUUGCAGUGAUCAAAUUUUUUUUUUUUUCAAAUAAAAAUCAUUUG